UUCUCCUCUCUUUUUCUUCUCCCUGGGUUCUAUCUCUUCACAUACGCGUCUUUCUAGACCAAAUACACAUCGGGACACACACUGUGACAAUUGUGCUUUGGUGAAUUGUCUCCCCGCUCAUCAUCCUCAUCACCCUGCCCCGGUUGGGGUUGACCAUCAUGUUCAUCGUUCUUGUCUAUCUGCAGUACUUCCUCGGAAGACUGCUGUACCGCAUUCGUGGCCAUGACAACAGACUGAUCGACAAAAGCCUGGCGUUCCUUUAUCUCCCGCAGCCAAACAUGAUACUGGAGGCGCCCGAGUGCGGCAUAACCGGGUCUGCCAUGUUGGCCCUGCAUACAUGCCUCGCGGAAGAUGGAAUAGGCAGAUUCCCAAAACUAUGCUGGUCUUCUCCCCUGGUCGAUAUUCCCGUCAAGGAGUACAUCCUCCUCUGCGAAGAUCCCGACCCUCCAAUCCCCUCCAUGGUCAUCAACCAUGGUCUCUUCUACGGCAUUCCGCCUUCCACCAAUAUGGCUCUCCACAGUGAUGUUCAACCGGACGGAGACACCAAGAACAGAAUGACCAUGUCGGGAUGGAGAUACGUUCCAAACAUCAUGAAAAAACCAUACCUUGGCCCGGCACCUCCUCUCGGCCAUGGCACCCAUCGAUACGUCUUCACCAUUAUCGCCCUGAACGAGCCACUCGAGUUCGACCACCCCGACCAAGUCAAACAGAAGCAGAUCCGGGAUGGUAUCAUGGGAAGGGUAAUUGGAUGGGGUCAGUGGACCGGUACCUUCGCCCGUCCGUGGCCAUAGGAUCCGCGACGAUCGAACAGGUAAUCUCACACUCCGGCUACUGCGAUUACAGCGCGGGAUACCGGCCUCGGACCAAGGCAACAAACAUUUGCGUGGAGGUAUCCUCCCAAUCAUGUAACACUAGAGACUUCACUUCCUUCUAUUGUAUUCUUUACACCCUUGCGUGAUG